UUGUCAUGUCGGUCGUCUGUCAGCUACUAAAGUAGUUGUUGCGGAAGAACUUUUAUUUAUUUAUCGUUUCUAGUUUAAAAAUAUACAUAGGUACAAAUAUACCUACGGAAAGAAAUAUGGAUGAGAAGGGGUAUGAAGUUAGAGAAAUUGAUUCUCACAAGGGUAAAGGAUUGUUUGCCACCAAAGGUUUUGAACCUGGUGAUGUGAUUUUUGAAGAAGUUCCCCUUGUAUGCUGCCAGUACGCUUGGAAUAAAGAUUAUGGAUACUCAGCUUGUGACCACUGCAUGAGACCUCUGGAAAGUGUUGAAGAGAAUGUCCGCAGGCUCACCAGUAGACACAUAGGUCUACCUCACCCGGAGUGUGAUCCUACGGACAAGUCUAGGCAUGUCAGCUGUCCUUCGUGUGGGGUGAAAUAUUGUUCAAACUCAUGUCAGAACCUUGCAAGCCAACAGUACCACAGAGUUCUCUGCUAUGGGCCGGACCAUCCCAUCAACAGCCUCAUUGACACUUGGAAAUCGAUGCACUACCCUCCAGAAACAGCAACCAUCAUGUUAAUUGCCAGGAUAUUUGCUGUUGUUGAGCAAGCUCAAGACAAAGACGAAGUUGUUUCUAACUUUAUGAAGUUUUGCCACCGGUCUGUAAAUGAAGAGGAUGAAAUUGCUCACAAACUUCUGGGUUCAGAAUUCAAUCAUCAAAGGGAGGUGCUCAGACAACAGAUGGCUUCUCUGUUCCCCAGUGAAUACGUGAGACAUUGGUUGACACCAGAUGGGUUUCGCUCCUUGCUUGCGCUUAUCGGCACAAAUGGUCAGGGUGUCGGCACCAGUGUGUUCAGUGCUUGGCAGAAACAAGUGUUACAACUCACACUACCUCCCGAGGAGACGUCUACUUUCAACUCUCUCAUUGACAAAAUAUACGAUGAGAUGGACGAAGUGGUUGGUACUUUCCUGAACUGUGAAGGGUCAGCUCUGUACAGUCUGCAGCGUCUAGCCAAUCACAGCUGUCAGCCGAACGCCACAGUCACCUUCCCUCACAACGACUACACCCUGUCUCUGAGGGCGGAGAGGACCAUACAGCCCAAUGAGGAGAUCUGCAUCAGCUACCUGGACGAGUGCUUGUUGAGUCACAGCCGUCACACUCGCCACAAAGUGCUCAGGGACCACUACCUGUUUGUGUGCAGCUGUGAUAGAUGUCAGGAGCAGGCGGACGAUCCUGACGAGACCAGUGAGGAAGAAGAAGACGAAGAAGAGGUGUCAAUGUAAAUGGAAUAAGAAGAUUUCAAAUAAAUGUGUCUAACUUACUCUGGUCAUUAGAUGCUUCUUAACCCCUUUCAUAUUAGGUUGUCAGAUAAGUAUGAAAUAAAU